AUGCACUUUGGCGAUCAUCAGAUGGAAUGGACGAACAAAUCUACAACUUGCAGGUUACUAGAUGGAUCAACUACAACAAUUUGCAUUGAGAGUUCCGAUAGGCAACUUCUCCGCCAUGUCGAGGAAACAAAAGCACACAAUGAAUUGGGCUUCGCGAUCCAACAGGGUCAUGAAGUGGAUGACGUUAUGUUUGGAAAGCAAUCGUGGGGUGAUAUCAACCAGCGAUUCUUGGUUGAAGCCGCUGGUCUAGAUGUACAUUUUGGAUCAAGAGAUGUUCAGACACCGGAGAAACAACAGUUGGAGAAACAUAUUCCUAGCGAGAUGGAAGAGUUGAAGCGCCCUUUUAUCAAACCAAAUGAUCUAAGUCCAAUGGAAGUAGAGCGUCGAACCGGAUUCAGAGAUUUGCCAAACCUCCUCUCAUAUGCGAUUUUUGUGGGCCAUCGUGAUUUGGAUCAGCUUUUCACAACAUGUUCCAAACUCACUUGGCUUGAAGAGUGGUUGUUUUACUUUGAGUUCAAGUAUGUGUUAGAAAUAAGCAAAAUGUGCUCUAUCGUGAGUGCCUUUAGCGCUCAGAACCAACUCUCUGCAAUCUAA